AGUGUUAUAUGUGUACAAACUUCAGGGGAUCUGUCUGUAAUAUUUAAAAUGUCAAGAGAUCUGAGUGAUUAAGUGACAAACUUCAAGAAAUCUGGGUGUAAUUCUCCUUUUAUUUUUUUUGAGAGAGUAAUGUGGUAAAAUUAAUCAUUUAGGGUAAAUUAAAAUUUUUUAUAUCUUCCUAGGGGCAAAAUAAUAUUUUUCCAAUAAAAAAUCACGCCUAACGCUUAUAAUAUUCCACAAGAUUUACUUUCCAAAUUCACAGAUAUUCUCCCAUUUCUAAAUUAGAACCUGACGCCCAACAAACAGACUCUCUCUCUCUCUCACUCUCACACACAUUAAUAAACGUAUAAAUACGCGCAGUGGUAUACAAUGUUUUGUUGCGGAAUAGCGGUGGUGGCAAAGGCGAAACCUUCGUUUAUCAGAGCGGAACAACCUUUGGUUCCUGACCUCUCCACCGAGCGUGGCGUAUACGGCGGUGGAGCCCCCAUUCGCCGUCGCGACAUCGUUUUUGUCGUCAAUCCCCGAGGUGCUAAUAGACGUACUGGGAAAGAAUUGAAGAAACUGGUACGGUGUCUCAGGUAUAGCCUCGGGCUGAUUGCAAUUGAAAUGUGGAAUUAUCCAGGAUAAGUUGAAGGAUUUCUACUAAUCUAUUUGGAGCAGUCUCAGCAUGCAGAAAGGGAGGAUUUAGAAUGCCCAGGUUCUUGAUUUUUUGUUUUAUUUUGUGAUGGAACGGUUAUUGCAAUGUUUUGAUCUUUUUCAUGAAUCAUAACUUUUGAAUUGAUAUGAUGGUAGUCUUCUUAGGUAAUGGUCCCAAAGGUUGAACCAACUUUAACUUGGUACUCUUUUAAGCCGAAAGUGUUAUUUUACUUUGUCUACAUGGUUGUGCUUUAGUUUUUCU